AUGGGAGUAGCAGCUCAAGUUAACCAAAUGUGGUUCAAUCUCAUGAUCGUCCUCUUCUUCGUCUCUAUUUCUUCUAUUUCUGCUGAAGAUUGUGUUUACACAGCUUACAUUCGCACUGGUUCAAUCAUAAAAGCUGGUACCGAUUCAAACAUUUCGUUGACUCUCUACGAUGCCAAUGGCUAUGGACUUCGAAUAAAAAACAUAGAGGCCUGGGGUGGACUUAUGGGUCCAGGUUACAACUACUUUGAAAGAGGAAACUUGGAUAUCUUCAGUGGGAAAGGUCCUUGUGUGAAUGGACCGAUCUGUAAAAUGAAUUUGACUUCAGAUGGUACUGGACCACACCAUGGAUGGUACUGUAACUACGUGGAAGUCACCGUUACCGGAGCUAAAAAACAAUGCAACCAGCAGUUGUUCACCGUGAAUCAGUGGCUGGGCACUGAUGUUUCGCCGUAUAAGCUAACGGCCAUCAGGAAUAACUGUAAGAACAAGUAUGAGUCCGGUGAGCUAAAGCCCCUUUAUGAUUCUGAAUCAUUUUCUAUAGUUGAUGUAAUUUAA